CUCAGCAGGGACUUUCCUCCCUUGCCUCAAGAAAAAGUUGAAUCCCAGGGCACCGUGCCGGAGAUGUUCCCCGGCGUCGCCACGCAGGAGGUAUGCGGACCUGGUGGGGCCGCGGUGGUGUCCUCCGCUCGGGAAUACUCCUUCUCCUGAUCCCGCCGUUUCUUUUAGCUCUCCAGCUCCUCGUCGUCGGGCCACGGUUGCCUCGUGCAGGGAGGGCGGGCGUGGAGGAGCAGGAGGUUGCCUUUUCCGUUAUCAGCAUCGAACCGGAGAGGCACUCACGCCACCGGGGAUCCCCGUCCCGGCGUCCGGGUCUGGAGGAUGAGGAGGAGGAGGUGGAAGAUGGGGAGAGGAGGGAGGGGGCACGAGCUUAUGAGGAUGAAAACGAGAUACUCUCGCGCCAGAUGGGACCCAUAGCACUGGAGGUGCAGCCGUGGGCGACAGACAAGCCGUCCUUCACAGCAGAACUCGAUCGUAUCAUCACGUAUAUCACAAGGCCACAGCUGAACUGCUCCAGGGUUUUGUCUCCAGGUCAGGCUCAGGCAUCCCAGCCCCCUGCAGAUUCCCCCCACUGGCUGCUGUGUGCUGAGGACUGGCUGCUUCCAGCUGCAGAUACACCGUGUGUUGCAUACUCCUUUAGUAUGGAUAGAGGAGACGCAGACUUUCUGAAGACCGUGUCGGGGCUGGGAUGUGAAGUCCACAGUUUUGAUCCCAGCAACUCCAAUGCAUCUGGUGGUCACCUUGGCAACAGUUUGGCCAGUAACCAUGGUAAUGGAGGCGUCGUCAGACAGCACAAGAUGUGGCUGGAGUGGCGAGUUCCAAGGAAGCGCAAGAAGACGAGAGGCAACCUGGGCAGUGUUUCUCUAACACUGGCAGACAUCAUGGAAGCUCUGGGACAUCACACAGUUCACUUCCUGUAUGUUGACUUGCUCAGUGCUGAGUGGCGUGUUUUCCAGAACUGGAUUGAGUCAGGAACUCUGCAAAGUGUGCACAGUCUGGUUGCCACAGUGCACCUGCAGUGGGCAGGGUUUGAGGUGGGAGGAACCAAUGAGGAAGUGCUCCGCUAUUGGUUCAGUGUCCUACAGGGUCUCCAGGCUUCUGGACUCAAGCUGGUCCACAGCUCUGCGGGAGAGGGUCACAGUAUCCUCAAACAGACAGUAGCGAAUGGCCACAGCUCCUACAGACUCAGCUGGACCAACACUCGAAGAUGACACUCACACAUGAAUGAACGGCCUCAAGAAGGAGAAGGUCAAACUUUUCUUACAAUGUAUUUUUUUCCAGCCAUUUCAGACUACACAGUUCUUAUGAUAACAUCUCCCUCUAGUGGAGAUGAAGGGACCUUCCUUUGUUUGGCGGACAUGCUCUCCUGUUUGUAGAUAACACAGGCUGAUUUGACCAAAUAUGGAGCAGAAGAUGGGAUCUCUAGUUUAACAGGGCAACAGCACAACAAUAUAAUAAUAAGAUCUCCUGAUUUGAUUUUAUCUCACUUGGAAUAUAAAAAAACAGAAGAUAAAUGUUUAGCAACAACUGCUGGAUUGUGUCUUAAAUAAUCCUUAAUACCAAAUGGCUAUCUGUCAGGUACCAACACACUUUCAUUUCAUAUUAUAUCAUACCAUACAGUGUGACCCGUUUGCAUUAAUUUGAUCCAGCUGUACUUUGAAUGUAGAUUCAGCAGGUUAUUUAAUGUAUUUGUGUAUCUCUGUUGGCCUUAAAAUGCUUUUAUGUGCAAUAUUUUUUUACAUUGAAGAGAAGCUUAAAUUAUAUCGACACUAAUAGUGUGAAAUUCGUCCUUUGUACUGAUGCAUUUUUUGCACUCCACUGUGUACUGUAUAACAAAGAAGAAAACAAUCAAAUGGUGAUAAAAAUUUGCAUUAGUACGACAAUAAAAAAAACAAAUGAAGUCUUUGUCUGUCCUUGCAGAAACCGGAUAAUCCCUGGUGUGUAAAACUUCUCAGAUUUUGGUUAUAUAUAACACAUAUACAUCACUUGACAUCCGUGGUAUCUGGCAGAAACUCUUUCUUAGAUGUGUAUAUGAGUUGAAAAGGGCAGUUGGAUUAAUGU